AUGGCUGAUCCUUUCUCUGUUCUAGCAGGUGCAGCUGGACUAGCCGAUGUUUGUAUUCGGCUUGGAAAGUUCUUAAAAGAUGCCAACCAUGGGUUUCGAGUCGUGGAUCAAGAGUUGGAAGACCUUCUCAGAGAGAUCACUUCUUUACAAACAGUUAAUGCGUCCAUCGAUGAGCUACUUAGAAGGAGUUAUGCAGAUGGGUCCACUACCGCAACAAAUCUCAAUCUUCAGCAGAUUCUCGAUACAAACUGGCAAGCAACCAGUAGUACUUUGUCCAACUGCCAGCAAAUUGUGGAGCGAAUCGAGACAAUAUUGAAAGAAGUUGUAAAUUCUGGAAGUGGAAAACACAUCAAGCGUGAUCAAAUACGCAAGUGGCUGAAGCAACAAUCACGCGAGGAGGAGUUGGACACCCUACGGGGAAAACUCAGGCAAUAUCAGCUUGCAUUACAACUCAGUCUUUCAGCAGUCGGGAUAAUUGACUUUCGCACUUCGCAGCAAGCCUCCCGCAAUGCUCACUCGGACCUAUCCGCCUUCAUUCAGAAUCUUGGCGCUGGUUUGCAAACGAAGAUAGAAUCCCUGGAAAGCAUUGUGAAUCGAACGGCUGACAAAACUCUUAAUUCCGUGAUCGAAUCAGCGCAAGAAGUGAUGGCUUUGCCACAAGCACACACACAUUUCUUCACACCGCAAACCGUCAGCAGUAACUUUACUGGACGUGAGGAAGAGCUCAAGGUCUUGAAAGAUUAUCUUUCUCCCACUUCAGCUGCGAUUCCAAAUCAAGUACAGAAAAGAUUUGUAGUCUUUGGUCUUGCCGGCUCGGGCAAAACUCAAUUUUGCUGCAAGUUCGCGGCCGACAAUAAACAAAGCUUCUGGGGCGUAUCUUGGAUCAAUGCAGCCUCCAAGAAGCACGCAGAACAGUCGUUUUCAAUGAUUUCCACAAUUGGAAAGGUUGCGCCGAGUCAAACCGCUGUCAAAAGUUGGUUUUCGAGUCUUGGUCCAGAACGGCCAUGGCUGCUCAUCGUUGACAACGCGGACGACGAAAGUUUUCCUACCCAGGAUUGUUUUCCUGACAGCACUUCCGGUACUAUUCUCAUUACGACCAAGAACCCAAAGCUCAAGACACAAGGAACCGUUGGACCUCGUUAUUUUUUUUUUCAGGGACUGGACGAGCGGAACUCUGUUGAAUUGCUGUUGAAAACGGCGGACGAGCCAAAGCCAUGGAUAUCUACUUCUCGCCACUCGGCACAGGUCAUUGCUGAGGCACUGGGGUACCUACCUCUUGCACUUGUACAUGCGGGGACAACGAUUCUCGAAAACCUAUGCACGCUGGAAACAUACCUUGACUACUUCGACAAAACCUGGGAUCGAAUUCGCCACAUCAAGAGAUCGAAUGCCACCACCCCGAUUUCGGACAUAGAAGCAACCAUUUACAGCAGCUUUGAAAUUAUCUACGAUCACAUUGCAUCCAAAAAGACCGUGGCUUCUGAAGAUGCUCUAGAUCUACUGCGCAUGUUUUCUUUCUUAGAUCGUCAGCAAAUCAAGAUAGACAUAUUCUUGCGCGCAGUAUCGAAUCCAGGGUUGGAAGCGUCCGACGAAGAAAGGCAAGAGAAAGAAAGGAAAAUGUAUGGAGUAUUGAUUCCCCAGCUUACUCCCACGCAAAAGUUGAAGACACUUGUCCUACGCACUGUUGCCCUUCUUUCUGAGCUAAAUCAUCGCCCUGUCCUGCCAAAGAUAUUUUCCGAAUCGGAAAAUUACUUUGCAAUACGGUUGAAACAGGCACUCAGUGAACUAUGUCGUUUGUCACUAAUCUCGGCAAAUUCUUCCUCAGGUGAUUCCUACUCGAUGCAUGCGACAGUGCAUCUAUGGGCAAGGCAGAGGCCGGAAAUGACGCUUGUCGAGCAAGCGGUUUGGUGUCAUGACAGCAACCAUUCUCUCUAA